AACAAAAACAAAAAAAGAGAGGAAAAAAAACAAAAAACAAAAGAAAAGAGAAAGGCUACAUAUAUAUAUAUAUAUAUCCUUCCAUACAUAUUUCUUCUUUAUAAACCACACCAUGCAUAUAUAUAUAUAUACACACACCUCUUCCUAAAUAUAUUCCUAUCUAUUUAGUUAGCUACCUCUUGUAAGGAGGCUAUCUAUCUAUCUAAGCUUCCUCUUUUUUCUUCAUUAGCAUAUGUACUUAAUUUGAUCUACUGCAGUUUGAUUCGGCGAUCGCAAAAUGUCGGUCCAGAUCGCACCAGAGCACGUCUGCUAUGUCCACUGCAGCUUCUGCAACACCAUCCUUGUGGUUAGUGUGCCAAGCAACAGUAUGUUCGACAUUUUAACAGUUCGAUGCGGGAAUUGUACUAAUCUGUUGUCUGUGGACAUGGGAGCAGUGACUCAAAAACUCCCUCUUCAAGGCUCUCAGCAGGUUCACAACAUUGGAUCCCAUCAUGAUCAUAACAGUGUGGAUUGUGGUGGAUCAUCUUCCAAAUGCAACAGGAGAUCACCAGUGUUGGACUCCAUCCAAAAUGAUCCUCACAAAACGCUUCCUACCCCACCACCGGAAAAGAGGCAGCGUGUUCCUUCCGCAUAUAAUAGAUUUAUCAAGGAGGAGAUUCAAAGGAUAAAGGCUAAUAACCCUGAUAUUAGCCACAGGGAAGCUUUUAGCACUGCAGCAAAGAAUUGGGCACAUUUUCCUCACAUCCAUUUCGGGUUAACGCAUGAUAAUGAUAAGCAACACAAUGAAGCUAUUGCAACUCAUGGAAACCCAGAAGCUUGUGGCUUGUAUUAAUUAGUUCAAAAGAUAUUUGCUGUGAGUAUAUGAUCCCUUAUCAACUUUUCUUAUACUGUUGUGGCAAACCAGGUAUUCUUAAUAGCUAAACAGUGUGUAAAUUAAUUGCCCUUUGUUCAAAUUAUUAAUGUUUGUGUACGUGAGGGAACUUUUUCCACAAUGAAUUUAUUGUUCUCAAUGCAGGGCAACAUGCUUCUCUUCUA